UAGAUAAAUCCGGCUGAAAUUAAGAAAUGGGGUAAUGGCGUAGUUUUGCGGACUUCAUCGAUAACAUCAGUGGUGUGAUAUAGCAGUCGCCAUUACCGGACCAAAUGAGGCAUCACCAUCGCCUCCCUAUCCUCCUCCGCAACCUCCAUUUCUCCUCCUCCUCCUCAUAUAUGGCGGCCGCCACCGCCCACACAUUAAUUUUUUCACCUCCAUCAUCAUCAUCAUCAUCCAAACUCUUACCCUUACCAUCACUCUCUUCCAAUUCACUUUCAUUUUCAACAACUCGUUCUUGUAUAUCGUUAUUUAAUGGUGGCGGCUUGUUCGGCUCCAAUGGAGAUGGAGAUUGGAUGCGUUCUAGAAGGUUCGUCAGACCGAGCUUGUUUGCGUCGCAGCGAGGGUUUAGGAAGGUUCGGGGAAGUCGGUCGUCUUCGGUUCGGAAAAAGGCGAAAGGAAAGGAGUUACAACUUGAUGUUAAGAUUUGUAUUGAACAACAGAUGCCUGAUGAUCCGGAAAUUCUGGAUAUUGCAGAAAUGCUUCGUCUAAAUGUUCCAAUGGCUAUGAAAUUAGCCUUCGAUCAUUUAAAUGAUUCGGGUUAUAAAACAAGAGAUCCUCUUGUUGACGACAUUGGUCAAUAUGAGAGUGUUGAGUUAUCAAUACUUUUAUGCAAUGACGAAUUCAUCCGUGAGCUUAAUAAAGAUUGGAGAAAUGAGGACCAUGCUACUGAUGUGCUCUCUAUGUCUCAGCAUGUGCCUGAACUCAAGCUUCCAAUGCUAAUGUUAGGUGACAUUAUAGUCUCCGUUGAAACGGCUGCAAGACAAGCAGAGGAAAGAGGGCACACUCUUCUUGAUGAAAUACGCAUCCUUAUGGUUCAUGGGCUGUUGCAUCUUUUGGGAUUUGAUCACGAGCUUAGUGACGAAGCUGAAGCAGAAAUGGAAAAGGAGGAAAUACGUCUCCUGGAAAGUCUUGGGUGGAAAGGCAAAGGAUUGAUCCAAAGUGCUUUAAGUGCCGAAGAUGCUGAAAGCUCUCUACCAAAGACUUCUGAUGGAAGGAAGAAAGCAGGAAGUCUACGGUUCUACAAGCCAAAGUUCAGCUAUAUCUUCUGUGAUAUGGAUGGUACACUACUGAAUAGCAAAAGCCAGAUAUCUGAUACAAAUGCAAACGCACUAAGAGAGGCUUCAUCAAGGGGUGUAAAAGUGGUGAUCGCCACUGGAAAAACUCGUUCAGCUGUGAUAACUCUAUUAAAGACGGUGGACUUAGCUGGUAGAGAUGGGAUUGCCUCAGAGUAUUCACCUGGUGUUUUCAUACAGGGUUUGCUUGUUUAUGGCAAACAAGGUCGUGAAAUUCACAGAAGAAAUUUGAAUCCAGAUGUUUGCAGAGAGGCAUUUAAUUACUCUCUGGAGCACAAUAUUCCACUUAUUGCGUUCAGUGAGAAUCGUUGCUUGACCUUAUAUAGUCAUCCUCUUGUAGACUCUCUCCACACCGUAUAUAAUGAGCCGAAGGCAGAGAUUAUGCCUUCAGUGGACCACCUGUUAAGUAGUGAUGUACAGAAGGUGCUAUUUCUACACACUGCUGAAGGAGUGGCUGGUACUCUCAGACCAUACUGGUCAGAAGCAACUACAGGCCGGGCCUCUGUUGUCCAAGCACAACCAGAUAUGCUUGAAAUUGUGCCUGCUGGUUCUUCAAAGGGCAGUGGAGUCAGAAUGCUACUUGACCAUUUUGGUGUUACUGCAAAUGAGGUUAUGGCUAUUGGUGAUGGUGAAAAUGAUAUUGAGAUGAUUGAACUGGCUUCUUUAGGCAUAGCUUUAAGUAAUGGAUCAGAAAAAACAAAAGCCGUAGCUGAUGUGAUUGGUGCCAGCAAUGAUGAAGAUGGAGUUGCUGAUGCUAUAUAUAGGUAUGCAUUUUAAAGUACACAUUUGAGCUUAAAGACUCAAGAACUUGACAUCACAUGGAGGAUGUAUCUGAACAUACAGAUAAACUGGUAUUCUUUCCAUAAUUUAUUUUUCCAUUGGGAUUUCUAUUCAUUAUUCGGUUAGUUCGCUAGAUACUAGGAAAAGGAAAAAGAGAGGUUUAGUAAAACUACUGAAAAGAAACAAUGAUGGCAACUUGUUAGUCAAUGAGAUCUUGUAAUAAAUUGAUUAAUACUUUGCAGUUUUGCAGUUAAACUUUCCUCAUUGUACUGCAAGGAUAGCUUCGAAUUGUUUCUUCUGUAUUCAAACUUUUAAUAACAGCUCUUGAUUAUAUUUUCA